CAGAUAAGGCAUAGCCUACCAGCAGCCCCAAGAGAAAGCUCACCCACAGACCAGGAGGGAAGGAUCACCCAGGCCAGACCUUGGGUGUUCAGGCCUGAAAAGAAGCAGAGGGGCAGAAGCCACCCAUUCGGCUCCCCCUGGAGAGGACCCAGCCAGCAGCUAUGGCAACCUGGGAGCUGCAAGUGUUUGUGGGGGACCAAGAGGCCCAAGAAGAGUCCGUCACCCUGCGGGUCUCUGGCGAGUCCCACAUCGGCGGCGUCAUCCUCAAGAUCGUGGAGGAGAUCAAGCGGAAGCAGGACUGGUCAGACCAUGCGCUGUGGUGGGAACAGAAGAAGAUGUGGCUGCUGCAGACCCACUGGACCCUGGACAAAUACGGCAUCCUGGCCGACGCGCGGCUGCACUUCGGGCCGCAGCACCGGCCCGUCACCCUCCGGCUGCCCAAUCGCCGCGCCCUGCGUCUGCGCGCCAGCUUCUCUCAGCCCCUCUUCCGCACGGUGGCUGCCAUAUGCCGCGUCCUCAGCAUCCGUCACCCCGAGGAGCUGUCCCUGCUCCGCGCCCCAGACAAGAAGGAGAAGAAGAAGAAGGAUAAGGAACCAGAGGAAGAAGUGUUUGACUUGACCAAGGUUGUCCUCGCCGCCGGCGUGGCGCCAGCCCAGUUCCGGGGGAUGCCGGCUCACUUCUCUGAUAGCCCCGAGACUGAGGCCUGUUACCGGAUGCUCAGCCUUCCCCAGCCUCCCCCGGACCCAGCCCAGCUGCUCCGCCUGCCCAGACCCGGCUCCCUGGCUGACAAGACUCACCUGCACAGCAGGUGGCUGGACUCAUCCAGGUGUUUGAUGCAGCAAGGAGUCAAGCCUGAGGACACGCUCUGGCUGCGCUUCAAAUACUACAGCUUCUUCGACCUGGACCCCAAGGCAGACCCGGUACGCCUCACGCAGCUCUAUGAACAAGCUCGCUGGGACCUGCUGCUGGAGGAGAUCGACUGCACAGAGGAGGAGAUGAUGGUCUUUGCGGCACUGCAGUACCACAUUAACAAACUGGCCUUGAGCGGGGAGCAGGAUGAUGCCGCAGGUGGCAGUGGCCUGGAUGACCUGGACGCUGCGCUGAAUAACCUGGAGGUGAAGCUGGCGGGCUCAGCCUCCACAGACAUGCUGGACAGCCUAACAGCCAUCCCUGAGCUCAAGGACCAUCUCCGCAUCUUCCGGCCCCGGAAGCUCACCCUGAAGGGAUACCGCCAAUACUGGGUUGUGUUUAAGGAGACCACACUCUCCUAUUACAAGACCCAAGAGGAGGCCCCCGGAGACCCCAUACAGCAGCUCCAUCUUAAGGGCUGUGAGGUGGUACCCGACGUCAACGUCUCUGGGCAGAAGUUCUGCAUCAAACUCUUGGUACCUUCGCCAGAGGGCAUGAGCGAGCUCUACCUGCGUUGCCAGGACGAGCAGCAGUACGCCCAGUGGAUGGCCGGCUGCCGACUGGCCUCCAAGGGUCGCACCAUGGCAGAUAGCAGCUACCAGAGCGAGGUUCAGGGCAUCCUGGCCUUCCUUAGCCUGCAGCGGACUGGGGGAGGUGGAGGCACUGGCCCUGCCAACCCCCAGGGCCCCGAAGCCAGCGGCGAGGUGCUCAACCCCCACGGCCUCGUCGCCCCUCGAUUCCAGCGGAAGCUAAAGGCCAAACAGCUGACCCCCCGAAUCCUGGAGGCACACCAGAAUGUGGCCCAGCUCUCUCUGUCAGAGGCCAAGCUCCGAUUCAUCCAGGCCUGGCAGUCCCUGCCCGACUUUGGCAUCUCCUACUUCAUCGUCAGGUUUAAGGGCAGCAGGCGGGAUGAGGUCCUGGGCAUCGCCAACAACCGCCUGAUCCGCAUCGACCUGGCCGUGGGCGACGUCGUGAAGACUUGGCGGUUCAGUAACAUGCGUCAAUGGAACGUCAACUGGGACAUCCGCCAGGUAGCCAUCGAAUUUGACGAGCACAUCAACGUGGCCUUCAGCUGUGUGUCGGCCGGCUGCCGCGUCCUGCACGAGUACAUUGGCGGCUACAUCUUCCUGUCCACCCGGGAACGUGCCCGGGGCGAGGACCUGGAUGAGGAUCUCUUCCUGCAGCUCACCGGGGGCCAUGAAGCCUUCUGAGACCCCCAGAGGGUCUCCUCCAUCUCCCCACCGUCCCCAAGCAAGGCCUGGCGCUCUCACAAAAGCUUCCCCUCACUCCGUCCCGCUGCCCCAACACACACGCUGCUGUCAUCACCCCCGGCGCCCACUGGGAGGGGGGCCCAGGCCUCGCCUCGUGUCCCCCUCCUCCCUGACAAGGCUCCCUACUUCCUUUGUGCAGGGAAAAGGGAGAGGCUGAGCAGGACGGCCUCCCCACCAGGUGCGAUGGGGGACCCAGAGGCUGCUCACGCCUGCCUAAGGCAUCAGCUCUCUCCUGCUCUGGAGGUGUGCCAGGCAGGCUGAGGGACCCCAGGACCCAACUGCCUUUUGACCUCCAUGCUCCAGGGUGAUCUGGACUCAGGGCUGCAGAGACACUGGGGCACAGCCACAAGAAGGAAAUGUUUUCUUUAUUAGUUUUUAUUUGUCUUUUUAUAAAUAAAUAUUUCACAGUUGGA